AUGCUCAAAACUUUUAGAUUCAAUUCCAAUCCUACUCUUUUAAGAUAUCAAGCCCUAAGAGGUUUAGCAACAACUUCUAUCCCAACCACUCAAAAAGCCAUUGUCUUUGAAACAAAUGGUGGUCCAUUAGAAUAUAAAGAUAUCCCAGUUCCAAAACCAAAACCAAAUGAAAUCUUGGUCAAUGUUAAAUACUCUGGUGUUUGUCACACCGAUUUACAUGCAUGGAAAGGUGAUUGGCCAUUACCAACGAAAUUACCACUAGUUGGAGGUCAUGAAGGUGCAGGUAUCGUUGUGGCUAAAGGUGAUCAAGUUAAAAAUUUCGAAAUUGGUGAUUAUGCUGGUAUCAAAUGGUUGAAUGGUUCAUGUAUGACUUGUGAAUAUUGUCAAAAUGCAUUUGAGUCAAAUUGUGCAAAAGCUGAUUUAUCAGGUUAUACUCAUGAUGGGUCCUUCCAACAAUAUGCCACUGCUGAUGCUGUGCAAGCUGCUCAAAUCCCUAAAGGGACUGAUUUGGCUCAAAUUUCACCAAUUUUAUGUGCUGGUAUCACUGUUUAUAAGGCUUUGAAGACUGCAAACUUGAAAGCUGGUGAUUGGGUUGCCAUUUCAGGUGCAGGUGGUGGUUUAGGUUCAUUAGCUGUCCAAUAUGCUAAGGCUAUGGGGUAUAGAGUCUUGGGUAUUGAUGUUGGUGCUGAUAAAGGUGAAUUGGCCAAAUCUUUAGGUGCUGAAGAAUAUGUUGAUUUUAAAGCUUCCAAGAAUGUUGUUGAAGAGAUUCAAGAAAAGACAAAAGGUGGUCCUCAAGGUGUUAUUAACGUUUCAGUUUCCGAUGCUGCGAUUUCUCAAUCAACUCAAUAUGUUAGACCAACUGGUUCUGUUGUUUUGGUUGGAUUACCUCCAAAAUCUGUUAUUCAUUCAGAUGUGUUCUCUCAUGUUGUUAAAUCAAUCUCUAUUAAAGGUUCUUAUGUCGGUAAUAGAGCUGAUUCAAGAGAAGCUAUUGAAUUCUUCACCAGAGGUUUGGUUCAUUCUCCAAUAAAGGUUGUUGGAUUAUCUGAAUUACCAAAAGUUUAUGAAUUGAUGGAACAAGGAAAGAUUUUGGGAAGAUAUGUUGUUGAUACUUCAAAAUGA